GAUAUUAGGAGUAAGCUCCAGAGAAUGGAGAACCUACAGGGACAAGGUCUUAGAGAUCUCUUAAGAGAGGCAGAGAGGAUUUUUAACAAAAGAGAAACUCCAGAGGAAAAAGAGGAAAGACAGAAGAGAGAGGCAGAAGAUAGAGAGGCAGUGAGAGACCGAAAGCGGAAUAAGGAAUUAAGUAGAAUCCUGGCCACAGUAGUGAGAAAGGAAGAUAAAGACAGAGUAGAGAGGAAGGGAGACCAACGGCUUGUCCAACUAGAAAGAGACCAGUGUGCCUACUGCAAAGAAAAAGGACACUGGGCAAAGGACUGCACCAAAAGAAAGGGAAAACAGAGAGGGGAAAGAGCCAAGAUCCUCCAACUCGAUUAGGGAAGUCGGGGCCAGGAACCCCCACCUGAGCCCAGGGUAACUCUUCAUGUGGGGGGAAGGCCAGUCACCUUCAUGGUAGAUACUGGGGUGCAACAUUCCGUCCUUACCCAGACGACUGGCCCACUCAGCAAAAGAACUAUAUGGGUGGAAGGGGCAACUGGAGCCAAACGCUAUCACUGGACUACAAACAGGAAGGUUCAGCUUGCUUCAGGAACAGUCACUCACACUUUCCUGCACGUACCAGACUGCCCCUACCCCCUGCUAGGACGGGACCUACUAACCAAGCUUGGAGCACACAUCUAUUUUGAAAAUAAGGGAGCCAAGAUUACUGAUUCUAAAGGAGCACCUAUACAAGUGCUCACCCUUAAAUUAGAAGAUGAAUAUAGACUGCAUCAUGAUCCCCACUCUGUCCAAACAGGCAUAGACCGGUGGCUGGCCAAAUACCCUGACGCUUGGGCAGAGACAGGAGGAAUGGGAUUAGCUAUACAUCGGCCACCCCUAAUUAUCGAAUUAAAGGCCACCGCGACACCAGUGGCUGUUAAACAAUAUCCUAUGACGGCCGAAGCCCGCCAAGGAAUUAGGCCACAUAUUAAGAGACUGCUAGAGCAAGGAAUAUUAAUCCCCUGUCGGUCAGCCUGGAACACCCCUCUGCUGCCUGUUAAGAAACCAGGAAGCGGGGAUUACAGACCAGUACAAGAUUUAAGGGAAAUCAACAAGCGGGUAGAAGAUAUCCACCCCACGGUCCCGAAUCCUUAUAACUUGCUGAGCACCUUGUCUCCUAGCCAUACUUGGUACACUGUACUGGAUUUAAAAGAUGCCUUCUUCUGUCUAAAGCUGCACCAUCAGAGUCAGCCCUUGUUUGCCUUUGAAUGGAAGGACUCCAACCUGGGGAUUUCCAGACAGCUUACUUGGACACGGCUGCCUCAGGGGUUUAAGAACAGCCCCACCCUUUUUGAUGAGGCCCUACACCAAGAUCUGACUGCUUUCAGGACCCUCCACCCCCACCUGAUCUUGUUACAGUAUGUAGAUGACAUCUUGCUGGCGGCAGAGACACAGGAGAAGUGCCUGGCAGGUACGGAGGCUCUUUUACAAGAAUUGGGACAGAUGGGAUACAGAGCCUCAGCGAAGAAGGCCCAGCUCUGCCAGAAAGAGGUAACCUACUUGGGAUACCGGCUGAGCGGAGGACAGAGAUGGUUGACAUCAGCUCGCCAGGAAACCAUCUUGGGUAUCCCAGCACCUCGUGAUCACAGACAGGUGAGAGAAUUUCUGGGGACUGCCGGGUUUUGCCGCCUAUGGAUUCCAGGGUUCGCAGAAGUGGCGGCCCCCCUGUAUCUCCUGACCAAGACAGACGGACCCUUCGUUUGGGAGGACCACCACCAACAAGCCUUCGACCACAUAAAGAGGGCUUUGUUGGAGGCUCCGGCUCUUGGCCUGCCUGAUCUGACAAAGCCAUUUGAACUGUACAUGGAUGAAAAGCUGGGGUACGCGAAAGGGGUCCUGACCCAAAAAUUAGGGCCAUGGAGACGCCCUGUAGCCUACUUGUCAAAGAAACUAGACCCAGUGGCAGCCGGCUGGCCCCCUUGUCUGAGAAUGGUGGCAGCCCUGGCAGUCCUGGUCAAAGAUGCCUUUAAAUUAACUUUGGGUCAGCCUCUUUGUGUUCGAGCCCCCCACGCCCUAGAGUCUCUCAUCAGACAGCCCCCGGAUCGGUGGCUCUCAAACGCCCGGAUGACUCAUUACCAGGCUCUGCUCUUGGACUCUGACCGCAUCCAGUUCAGACCCCCCGUCGCUCUCAAUCCUGCAACCCUGCUACCUAGCACAGAAGAAUCCGACUCGCAGGGCAACCAUGACUGCCAUCAGGUCCUGGCGGAGGUUUUCGGCACCAGACCAGACCUGAGCGACAAACCACUGGAGAAGGCAGAUCACACUUGGUAUACAGACGGGAGCAGCUUCCUUGAAGGGGGACAACGCCGGGCUGGAGCCGCAGUCACCUCAGACAGCAAGGUAAUAUGGGCCGAGCCCUUACCAGAAGGAACGUCCGCACAGAAGGCCGAACUGAUAGCCUUGACACAGGCCCGGCGGCUGGCAGAAGGUAAGAAGCUGAAUGUGUACACUGACAGCCGGUACGCCUUCGCCACUGCACACAUCCACGGAGAAAUUUACAAAAGAAGGGGGCUUCUCACAUCAGGAGGGAAGGAAAUAAAGAACAAAGCAGAAAUCUUGGCACUAUUAGAGGCUUUGUUUUUACCAAAAGAACUCAGCAUAAUGCACUGUCCAGGUCACCAGAAAGGAAAUCACCCUGAGGCGAGGGGAAACCGCCUAGCCGACCAGACGGCCAAGGACAUUGCCUCCAAGAGUCAGUUGCACCACCAGAGUCAGCCCCUGUUUGCCUUCGAAUGGAAGGACUCCGACCUGGGAAUUUCCGGACAGCUUACUUGGACACGGCUGCCUCAGGGGUUUAAGAACAGCCCCACCCUCUUUGAUGAGGCCCUGCACCAAGAUCUAACUGCUUUCAGGACCCUCCACCCCCACCUGAUUCUGUUACAAUAUGUAGAUGACAUCUUGCUGGCAGCCGAGACUCAGGAGAAAUGCUUAGCAGGUACGGAGGCUCUUUUGCAAGAAUUGGGACGGAUGGGAUACAGAGCCUCAGCAAAAAAGGCUCAGCUCUGCCGGAGAGAGGUGACAUACCUGGGAUACCGGCUAAGCGGAGGACAGAGAUGGCUGACACCAGCUCACCAGGAGACCAUCUUGGGCAUCCCAGCACCUCGUGAUCACAGACAGGUGAGAGAGUUUCUGGGGACUGCUGGGUUCUGCCGCCUUUGGAUUCCAGGAUUCGCAGAAAUGGCGGCCCCCCUGUAUCUCCUGACCAAGACAGACGAACCCUUCAUCUGGGAGGACCACCACCAACAAGCCUUCGACCACAUAAAGAGGGCUUUGUUGGAGGCUCCGGCUCUUGGCCUGCCUGAUCUGACAAAGCCAUUUGAACUGUACAUUGAUGAAAAGCUGGGGUACGCGAAAGGGGUCCUGACCCAAAAAUUAGGGCCAUGGAGACGCCCUGUAGCCUACUUGUCAAAGAAACUAGACCCAGUGGCAGCCGGCUGGCCCCCUUGUCUGAGAAUGGUGGCAGCCCUGGCAGUCCUGGUCAAAGAUGCCUUUAAAUUAACUUUGGGUCAGCCUCUUUGUGUUCGAGCCCCCCACGCCCUAGAGUCUCUCAUCAGACAGCCCCCGGAUCGGUGGCUCUCAAACGCCCGGAUGACUCAUUACCAGGCUCUGCUCUUGGACUCUGACCGCAUCCAGUUUGGAUCCCCCGUCGCUCUCAAUCCUGCGACCCUGCUACCCAGCACAGAAGAACCCGACUCGCAGGGCGACCAUGACUGUCAUCGGGUCCUGGCUGAGGUUUUCGGCACCCGACCAGACCUGAGCGAUAAGCCACUGGAGAAGGCAGAUCACACUUGGUAUACAGACGGGAGCAGCUUCCUUGAAGGGGGACAACGCCGGGCUGGAGCCGCAGUCACCUCAGACAGCAAGGUAAUAUGGGCCGAGCCCUUACCAGAAGGAACGUCCGCACAGAAGGCCGAACUGAUAGCUCUGACACAGGCCCUGCGGCUGGCAGAAGGUAAGAAGCUGAAUGUGUACACUGACAGCCGGUACGCCUUCGCCACUGCACACAUCCACGGAGAAAUUUACAAAAGAAGGGGGCUCCUCACAUCAGGAGGGAAGGAAAUAAAGAACAAAGCAGAAAUCUUGGCACUAUUAGAGGCUUUGUUUUUACCAAAAGAACUCAGCAUAAUGCACUGUCCAGGUCACCAGAAAGGAAAUCACCCUGAGGCGAGGGGAAACCGCCUAGCCGACCAGACGGCCAAGGACAUUGCCUCCAAGACCUGGGGACGCUGUCUGGGUCCGGAGGCAUCAGACUCGGAGCCUAGAACCACGCUGGAAAGGACCAUACACCGUCCUCCUCACCACACCUACAGCUCUUAA